GCUCCCGCCUUUCCUUGCUUGCGGGUCUCGCUCGAGCGGGUUACCCCUCAGCCUUCUCUUUUCCAAAGAAAAGAGCGAUUUGUGGAUAGAGAACCUGAAGAAGGCAGCUCUUCGGCCUAUCCAGAGGAUCGAAAUCCUCAAAACUCACAUGAUACCCCGAAUAUAUUUCCACCUGAUCCUCGCAGAGGUCUCACAGAAUACACUAGUCAAACUAGACCAAUCUAUCAAGAACGGUACAAAAGAAAUCCUACAUCUUCCGCCACACACGGCGGAUGGUUUACUAUACAGCAGUAACAGGAAUGGAGGUCUGGGCAUGCCGAGGCUCGAAGUGCAGAUUCCGUCCGCCAUAAUCCGAAAGCUGGAGGCGCUGGAGAGCUCACCGGACGCGGUGAUAGAGGCCUCCUUUGAAUUCAGCAGAAUUGACAAUAAACGAACAAUCAAAUCCCUGAGGAACCUCAAAGUACUCAGAGAGAUCGAAGAAGCCCUUAAGGAUAGUGGAGGUCCAAGAGGUGCUGAUGAAGGAAUUGGCGUGGAUGAAAUUGGUAUCGCAAUGGGAUGGACGGAUAUCACCCAAACUUCCAGGCCCAAACCCACCAACAGAUACGCGGCUUGGAGGGAGGCGGAAUACCGGAAGUGGACCAAACUCCAAUGCCAAGGAAUCGGCAUCGGGUAUUACGGAAAUGACUAUGCCUCUAAUUCCUGGACAAGAACAUGUUUCAAUAUUAAACAAUCCAGGCUAAUAAACUACUGCGGUGCAAUCUCUACCCUACGAGAUGCACCUUAA